UUGAUGGGCCAAUCCGUUUCUCGGCUCUUUUCCCUUCUUAAUACCUACUUACCAGCAAAUCUACCUCUAAUAGGAAGACAACAACGACGAAAUGUUAACAAUCCUGGAGUUGGUGGUGUAAUUGUUGAUGAACACAUUGGCGAUGAAUUUAGUGGUAAAGGAUGCACAAGUCAAGGAGGGGGAAAUACUAGCUUCUUUGGCAAUCAUUUUCUAAUGGGCGGGGAAUUGUACGACACAUCAAAGCAAGAAGUCUUUCUUUUUGGUGCUCAACAGGAUCUUGAACUACUCGAUGGUAGACCUGUAAAGUUUCCUCAUUGCCCAAAAGGUGUGACUGACUCUGUUAGUGUUCUAAAUGCUUUGAUUAAUGUCCGCAGAGAUUCUGUCAAAUUUACAAAAGUUGGAAGGUCAGGAGGUGGAUAUUCUUCAGGAUUUUAUCGUUUAGAAUUUACUUUUGACUGUGAUGUCCCUUGUUAUGUACAAAUUCAUUUUUGUUCAAGAGAAGUUGUUGACGAUUUUCAACAAAUUCAGUUUUUCUGUCGCCCAAAUCAAAGGAUUGACCCUUCAGAACGUUAUCAUUUCCCUGUUGGUUCAAAUCAACAAUUUAACCAUUUUAUAUUUAAACCUCAUCGUUAUGAUUUAAAAUAUAUGCAUUGGGAUGGAACUUCUGCUUAUUUUCCUGUUUUGAUUGAAAUGCGUUCUGUUUCUGAUAAAUUUCAAGAACAGGUCCAAUCAACAUUAUGCUCAAUAGAACGCUCAACAGAUCAAUCAGCCGCAUUAAUUCUCAAACCUCUAAAACAAAAAUUAUUUGCGAAUGGAAUUGUUUAUUUACUUCAAGAAAUUUUUGGAAUUGAAAAUAAAGAAAAUGGUGAAAAUAGUUUAAUGGCUGAAGAAAAUGGGGCAGAAUGUAUUAUUUGUAUGGCAAAUCCACGUGAUACAAUGAUUUUGCCUUGUCGACAUUUAUGUAUUUGUAAUGGAUGUGCAGAGACUUUAAGAUAUAAAUUAAAUAAUUGCCCAAUUUGUCGUUCACCCUUCAAAGCUCUUUUAAAAAUAAGAGCGAUGCGGAGCAGUCUAAUAGGACUUGGUUCUGAUGGAAUGUCUUCUACAAUGAGAAUUCGACGUGAACCUUUAACUCUCUUUGAAGCAAUUAAUGGUCCUUUACAAUCAACAAAUACAGAUAUCUCUUCAUUUAUUUCUCCUCCUGCCCAGCAAAUUUCAACAAAAGCUUCAUUAAUUGGAAAUAAAGGGGAUGUAAUAACUACAAAAACAAAUUUAGAAACAAAAAAUUCAAAAUUAUUAACUUGUGGAGGGGGAGGAGGGUCUUUAAAAGUAAACCAAAUUUCUGGUCAAAGAAUGGCACCAAAUAGAAAUUUAAUAAAUAGUGGAAAGUCUUUGGGACAAAUUGAAUUAAAUAUUGAACAUAUUGAAUUGGAAAAUUUGGAAAAGGCUAAAAAGAAGUAUUCACAUGGAAGUAGCAACAGUUUUAUUCAAUAUUCACCAGGCUCUAGUUCAAUUAUGCGACGUACUUCACAUUCUCCAAGUACUGCUAGACGUUCUGUUUUACGAAAACCUUCACCACUUUUAUCCCCAAAAGAUUCCUCUUCUUCAACUAAUAAAAAAGAAGAAAAUUUAUUAGAAAAAAAUAAACUUUUAUUAGCUAGUACUCCAAAUUUAACAAUAAAAAUGGAAAAUGAAGAAGAAAAAAAUUGUUUUAAUAAUGUGAAUGAACAAAAACAAAGAAACAACAAAAAUGAAGAUAAAAAUGGACAUAAAAAACAAUUAUCAGAACCGUGUACUUCUACUACUUUAACUGACAAUUAA